AUGAUAUGCUCGACACACGAAGCUGCAUCCGCGCAGGCGGAACGGGUCCAGCCAAAGAACAAAGAUAUCGUUGUUAUCGGCAGGCGGCCUAAGUCGCCGGUAGACGACAUCAAGCCUGACGAUACCGUUUCGGACACUGCAAUAAAGAGCCUUGGGCUCGAUUCGAUUGGCGAGGUGAUCGAGCGCCUCCGUCAGCGGUAUGGGGCGGACUUUUCCGUCAUCGUGAAUGGUCGCCUGGUAGGCUCGCUUGAUGCGGUGACCUCACUUCCUCCCGAGGCGUUGGCGAAGAUCGACAUUCUCCCACCCCUGGCUGCCGGGCGCUUCGGGCUGCGGGGCGGCCAGAGGGUGCUAAACCUUCAGCUAAGGCCGAAAUUCCAUACGAUAACAGGCGAUGGUCGCAUCAGCGGCACCACAGAGGGCGGCGGAGACUCCGAGGCCGCAACGUCGCGCUACGCCGAUAUCAACGGCGACCGUCGCAUGAACGCUGCCGUGACCUAUCAACGAUCCUCUCCACUCCGCGCCUCGGAGCGGGGGGUCAACGAUAGCGAGGAUCCCCUGCUGAUACCCAGCUCCACGCUGGUCCCGAAGUCACAGAGCCUCGCGACGACAAUCGGGCUUGCCGGCCCUCUUGGGGCCAGCAACUAUGAUCUGUCGUUGAGCGGUGAUGCGUCCGACCAACGAGCAUCUGAUGUCGCGCUAUUGGCAUUUGGGGCGCCGUCCGGGCGAUCUCUCACGCGUACGACCUCGCAGCGUAGCCUUCGGGCUACCAUGACGAUCAACGGCACUUUAGGGAGGCAAUUCUGGUCGUUCACGGCGGGGACGGGGCUGAACUGGCUACGCGCGUCAAGCGGCGCGACGGUCGACGGGACUGGCAGUAUCUGGCAGUUGUCUGUGAACCAGAGCCUCCGGGCAGGCUUGACGGGUGGUAUAUUCAAAUUGCCCGCGGGUGAGGCAAUCUUAUCCUCAAGUCUUCAAUUCACUGCGAAUAACCUGCGCUCUACCCUGUAUGGCGGAACCGAACAAAGGUCCGUGAGACAAUCGAAUGGCAUUAUUUCCACGGAAGACCUUCGAUUGCCAUUGACCAAGCGCACGAGCCGAAUGGGCGAAUUAUCUUUCAAUGUCGGUACGCAAACGACACAUCAAACUCCAUUCGGGAAUGCCUUUUCCUAUCACUACGGCGCGGAGUGGCGUCCAGAUCCCACCGCAUUGGUGGAGGCGAUCCUUCCUGGUCGAUUCGUGCGAUCAUCUGACGGAACCCUCCUGUCGUAUGACAGCCGACCUAUAAUUGGUGUUAGAGAGUCACAGCGGCGCCUUUCAUGGAAUCUCAAUAUCAACGGCACCUUGAUACCGACUCGGCAGGAUAGAUCCGACCCGUCGCGGUUGAGGGAUGGAAUUAGCUGGUUCGCGAGCAUCAAUCAUGACUUCACGCUAAGCGAUGACAUCGAGAUCAGCGGCAAUCAACCGGUCGUAAACACUCUGUUGUCGCCGCUUAGCAUCUCUAGUUCCGCGCCGGCGAGGCACCGUGUCACGUUCCAGGGAUCGAUAAACGGGCGGACAUUUGGAGCGAAUUUCAACGCGUCAUGGAAGAGUGGCAGUCGAGAGGGGGGGCUGUCGACCGGCAGUUUCGCAGCGUCUUCCGUAAUACCUCUAUGGCUGCUUGGCGCAGAUGCCUACUACAAUAUCAGUCAGAAUACAGUGGAUCCUGGUAACCCCGAGUCGUUCACGGUACGGCUCGCGAUUACCAAUAUUCUCAACGCCAGACCUGUCGUGGAGGGUGCUAAUCGGAAAACCUAUGGCCUGAUCUCUGAUCCACUAGGAAGAACUAUUACUCUCUCGCUUAGGAAGGCGUUUUAG